CGACGAGGUGGGGGAGGGGCGGCGGCGCCGCUGAGGUUAAGCAGCCCCCCCGGGGGCCCGGCGCAGCCAAGCCCCCCGCGUCUCCUUGGCCGGAGCCCGUGGUCCCGAUGGAGCCGGACGGCCGCCCCCCCUACGACGACUACCCCGUGGUCUUCCUGCCGCCCUACGAGAACCCCCCGGCCUGGAUCCCUCCCCACGAGAGGGUCUACCACCCGGACUACAACAACGAGCUGACCCAGUUCCUGCCGCGGACCAUCCAGCUCCAGAAGCCGUCGGGAGCGCAGCUGGGCUUCAACAUCCGCGGAGGGAAGGCUUCCCAGCUGGGCAUCUUCAUCUCCAAGGUGAUCCCCGACUCGGACGCCCACCGGGCCGGCCUGCAGGAAGGCGACCAGGUCCUGGCCGUCAAUCAAGUCGACUUCCAAGACAUCGAGCACGGCAAGGCGGUGGAGAUCCUGAAGACGGCCCGGGAGAUCAACAUGCAAGUCCGCUUCUUCCCUUACAAUUACAACCGGCAGAAGGAGAGGACCGUCCACUGAGCGCCCCGAGCCGACGGGACGGGGGACCCCCCGGUUUCGGGGGGAGGGGGCCGAUGACCCCCCCCCCCCCCCAAUAAAGACCGUGCCAGGA